AAUUUCGCUAUCACCCCUCACCAUUUCUCUCACCCACUCUCCCUUGCCUACUAGAACCCUCUCAAAAAACAAUCCUCUUCCUGAAAGAAACGAAAGUCUUGAAUUUGUUUGCUUGGGGCUUGUAAAGAAGGAGAAGAAAAAGAUGGCAGAUGAUAGUACAGCUACCUGCAUAGAUAUCCUCUUAGCCAUCAUUUUGCCUCCUCUCGGUGUCUUCCUCAAGUUUGGUUGCCAGGUGGAGUUCUGGAUAUGUCUUGUACUCACCCUGUUUGGGUACAUCCCUGGUAUUAUUUAUGCUAUCUAUGCCAUCACCAAGUAGUCCUCUAAUCCCGUCCUUCUCAUCUGUGGAGAUUUGGAGUAGGAUUCUGGUUUUGUUUGAAUAUGUGUCGGUUAUAGUAUUUUAUUUCAAUUAAUAUUUUGUCUGUUAAUUUGAUGGUGAUGUAAAGCUUGUUGUUAUGUUAUGAUGAUGAUUUAUAUUGUGGGGAGGGGGUGUUUAAGGGUCAUGUUACGUUUGUGUUUAUCUCCUCAUCCCCUUUGGCAGUGAUGUGGUACAACUCCAUUCCAUUUAUUUAGUGUUUUUUUUUUUUGGUUUCAAUAUUUCAUUAAUUUAGUGUUCAUCAAAUAAAGAUGUUUUAAUGGUGGGAUCCGGUUUCAGUAUAAA